AUGAGUCUGCUACUUCCGAGUAUGUUACUAAACCGGUUCUACGUGGCUGGUCUCGUGCUUAACCGCUGGUCACCUGUGCUUGUUCACGUGUUUCUCUAUCGACACGAUGAAGCUCGGAAACGGUAUGCUAGUCUAGCGAGCGAUUGCGCUCUUGAUCUCGUUUCUUGUAUGGGUGUAAGCAGAGACUUUGGUGCGAAUCCGUGGUAUAACGACGACUGGGCUGCACAAGCGAUUAAUGAAUUCCAAAUGAUCCUUGUGGUGUCUUGGGCGGAUCUCGCUAGUCGAGUGAUUUUCUCGCUUGGUUUGCUCAUGACAACUACCAAUAUGAAGGAGUUACUGUAUUCAAUUCCGCGACGUUCUAUGAUGCAUGGUAUACAUUUUCUAUUCUUCACGUGGGGGUUAGUAGUGUUUAGCCUACACCUUCAGGCUUCAGUACAACCGUCGCUACAACAAUGCACACUACAAGUGAGGCCGUGGGCAGUUAGACGACCGUACUGUUUUAUGAUAUCUCUCGAUUGUCAUCGCCUACAAAUGUCUGGCCAGUUGGACGAAGUGGACACUAAAUGGCGCGAAUUUGAUGGCUCUACGGUGAUUAUGAUGGUUAUUAAACACUGUCCUUUGGUUGACAUCCCUGAUACCUUCACUGACUUCCACCAGCUCAUCAGCGGUAAAGUUUAUAAUUCGACCAUUGUCGAGUGGAGAGAAUCCGCUGCAAUUACAAAUACGAAUCACCCCGCGUUUCUAUCUCUGAUGCUCGUUCGGGUCAACAUGACAGAUGGGCAAUUACCUGCAGGUUUCCAAUCUUUUGACACGCCACUCAAUUUGUACGACUAUGAAUUCUGCAUCACUAAUCUUCGUGAAGUUCCUGAUGAUCUUGACUUAAAGUGGCUCUCGGGAUCGUAUGUAAUCCUCGAAUAUAGUGAAUUGCAGACAGUACCAUCAGCUUUGCUACGCAUCAUGCCACCAUAUUUUUCUCUAAGUGGCAACCCUAUCAGUGAACUUCCUCCUGAGAUCUUUGAGAUCGAGGGCUUAACAGAUCUAGGUAUUGGCGAUACGAAUGUCCGACAACUUCCUCAAAAUGUAACUCGUCUUUCUUCUACGCUCACAUCUAUCUACAUCGAAAGGACGAAGUUCCCGAGCGAUUUGUGCCAGCGGAACACCAUAUUGUGA